AUGAAGUCAGUUAAUAAAUGGAUCAAACUUUAUUUUGCGCUAGGUUUGAACUAUGAUGAAAUUUUGAGUUGUCUUGCUUUCAAAAAUCAUAUUAUAAUUAGUAAAUCAACUCUGAGACGAAAACUAAAACAGUGUAGACUUUUUCGAAGAAAGUACUACUCGGAUAUAUUAGAGGUUGCACUUUUUAUCAUUAGUGAACUGGAGUCCUCUGGAAGACAGCAUGGUUAUCGUUGGAUGCAUCUAAAGUGCUUACAGUCAGGAUAUAACGUAACAAGGGAUACUGUGUAUUUGUUGUUGCAGAUAUUAGAUUCUGAAGGAGUGAAAUCAAGGAAACGAAGACGCCUGAAAAGGAGGCAGUAUCACAGUAAGGGACCAAACUAUGUUUGGCAUAUGGACUCAUAUGACAAGCUUAAACCAUACGGAAUUGCAAUAAACGGUUGCAUUGAUGGCUUUUCACGAAAUAUCGUUUGGCUAGAAGCAAAUAUUACUAAUAGCGACCCAAAAGUGAUAGCCAAUUAUUAUAUCAAAGCUGUACGAAGAAAGAGUGGAUGUCCGCAGAGAAUAAGAGCAGAUCUUGGAACAGAGAACACAUAUGUGGAGCAGAUGCAAAAGUUCCUGCGUAGAGAUCAUGCUGACGAACUUGCUGGGGACAAAAGUUUCCUCUAUGGAAAAAGUACCCAUAAUCAGCGCAUCGAAUGGUUCUGGGGUUUACUACGAAGAGAAAUGGGACAAUAUUACAUGGAUAUGUUUUCUGAAUUCAGCAGAGACGAUUCUGAUUUAUUCUGCGGAGAUCAUUUAGACAAAUCACUUAUUCAGUAUUGCUUCAUGGAUUUAAUUCAGAGAGAUCUCGACUCCUUGCAGUUGACGUGGAAUACUCACACUCUCCAGUCAAAGCAAAACUACGGAACGGAACGACAGCGACCAAUACUUCUCUAUACUAUGCCUGAGCUGUACAAUGCCGAAGAAAGACUUUGUCGUGUGGAAGACAAUGAAAUUGAUAUAUGUGAAGAAGAGACCGUUUAUAGGACAAUACUCUGUGAUGAAACCAUUGCCUGUUUAUGCGAAAUGAUAAGAAGAGAAAAUAAUCUUCAAAAACCAUCCUAUGCAGAUGAGGCGAAAGAUCUGUAUAAAAGACUAAGACGCUUAAUUCGCUUUGAACUUGAAAGCAUGGAUGUAUAAUA